AUGGAAGAACACUUCUUCAGCUCUGAUGCUCAACAAACACAUGAGGAUGUCUCCACAAUCAAACCAAAACCCAAUCUCAUCACGGUUCCAACAGAAUCACAAACUAACGAAAAUGAUUGUUUUGAUUGCAACAUCUGUCUAGACACAGCACUUGAUCCAGUAGUCACUCUCUGCGGACACCUUUUCUGCUGGCCUUGCAUUUACAAGUGGCUACACGUUCAGUUAUCUUCACUCUCCACUGAUCACCACCAGAACAACUGUCCUGUCUGCAAAUCCAACAUUGCAAUCACCUCAUUGGUUCCUCUCUACGGAAGAGGCAUCUCUUCUCCUUCUCCAGCGUUUAAACAAGACUCAGAGUCCAUACCUCGGAGACCUGCUCCAUCAACACUAAACAAUCCAAUCACCUCAGAACCAUCUCUGAACCAAAGAUUGCAACAUCAAACAAUGUCUCCAGCGUUUCACAACCACCAAUACUACUCCCCACGUGGCCGCUUCGCCACAACUGAAUCAACAGACCUCGCCAAUGCUGUGAUGAUGAGUCUUCUCUACCCGGUGAUUGGGAUGUUUGGGGAUAUGGUCUACACAAGGAUUUUUGGAACCUUCACAAACGCAAUGGCUCGGCCUUACCAAAGCCAGAGGAUGAUGCAGACUGAGAAGUCUCUUAAUCGGGUAUCCAUAUUCUUCUCUUUUUGCAUCAUCCUUUGCCUCCUUCUCUUCUAG